UCCCACCCCACCCAAUCGGCUUCACGUUGCUAGGCAGUUUAUGCAAAUCGGCAUGCCCGCCUCCUCGGGGGCUCCGUUUUGCUCCUGCGUGUUUGUCCCGGGAAGGGGAGACGAGGCGGAAGACCCGAAGCAGGAAUCGGUGGUGCGUGGGGAGAAAGUGUGCAUCUCGAUAUAUCUCUGGUUGUUGAGAGUCUGAGGUAGUGGUAUUAAAGUGGAGAUCAUUCAGAAGUCUGCCAGAGAGUUGACUUUGUCCAGCCACCAUGAUUGUCUUGCCGCCGGGACUGACGGAGGAAGAAGAAGCUCUGCAGAAGAAAUUUGCAAAACUCAAAAAGAAGAAAAAAGCCCUCAUGGCCUUGAAGAAACAACAGAGUUCAACAAGUCAAGUCAACCAAGGAGGAAUUAAACGAUCCAUCUCAGACCAGCCCGUUGUGGAUACGGCCACGGCCACAGAGCAGGCCAAGAUGCUAGUGAAAACGGGAGCCAUCAGCGCCAUUAAAGCGGAGAACAAGAAUUCGGGAUUCAAACGCUCUCGCACUCUGGAGGGGAAGCUGAAAGAUCCUGAAAAAGGACCGGCCCCAACUUUCCAGCCUUUUCAGCGAAGCAUCUCAGCAGAUGACGAUUCCCAAGAGGCACGGCGCCCCCAGAGGAAGAGUCUCUAUGAAAGCUUCGUGAGCUCCAGCGAUCGCCUGCGGGAUCAAGAGAAAGAUCCCGAAGUGGCCAGGGAUCCAGAAAAGGAGUCAGAUUGGAAUGAAAACUUGCGUGGUUACGAGUGGGAUUAUGACCGGGACCGCAGCCGGGAGAGGAGCAGGGACCGGGACAGAGACCGCGAUCGAGAUCGGGACAGAGACCGAGACCGAGAUCGCGAGAGGGACCGAGAGGGCAGUUUCCGCCGAUCAGAUUCGUUCCCAGAAAGGCGUACCCCACGCAAAGGGAACACAGUAUAUGUGUAUGGGGCCGACAUGAACCAGACCAUGCUGCAGAAUGCGUUCUCGGCCUUCGGCAACAUCAUUGAUCUCUCUAUGGACAACCCCCGCAACUGCGCUUUUGUCACCUAUGACAAGAUGGAGUCGGCAGAUCAAGCCGUAGCUGAGCUCAAUGGUACAGUUGUGGAAGAUGUCCAGCUGAAGGUCAGCAUUGCCCGCAAACAGCCCAUGCUGGAUGUAGCCAUUGGCAACUCUGUAUGGGGAUCCUUGGCUGUGAAGAACAGUGUCAAGGGCUCCUACCAAGACAAACGCUCCCAGGUUGCCUACAGCGAGGAUAUCUUAUGAGCCUUAUAUGGCCGCCUCCAUCGCAGUGAUGGAAUGCAUUUGCUUGUUUUUCUUUUUCUAUGUUUGAUGAAGAUGCUCCAAUAAUUUUUUUUUUUA